GCAAUGUGGACAGGUAGCCAAAAAAACACUGAAUGUUGUUGCUAAAGUUUUCAACACCAGUUGAAGAGAGGAUAUUUUGCUAUGAGAUUAAACCGACAAACUUAAAAAAACAAAAAUAUGUUCAUUUAUUUACGAAAUUAAGAAAAACAGUAUGGAACGUGAUGUGGAUUAUCCGUAGGCCUAGGUCUAACGAUCCUAUUGGGAAUACCUUGAUUUGUUGUAGCAUAUCCGAAAGCUGGGCUCAUAAAUAAGCAAGAUCGUGGCCCUGGUGGACCGUGGGUCAUUUUAUUGACGUUUGCCUAGUGCUGUGGUGACCCACAGGGUCAUGCUGAUGGAACAGGACACUCAGUGGCUGUACCACCUCCUGGCCGAGGUCCAGUUGGAGAGGUUUUACCUGCGUGUCCGGGACAGCCUCAACAUCACCCGCGUAGAGCAUUUCGCCUACGUUAAAGAGUCUGACCUCCAACAGAUUGGCAUCAGCAAACCAGGACAGAGAAGAUUAUGGGAGGCUGUGAAAAACUUCAAGAUCAGCGUGAGGCCCAAAUCGUGGAUGGCCAAGGCUAUCAGUGGGUGUGGUCCGGAGGGGGGUGAUCGAUGGGGCAGCGUGGGGUCGGGCCAGGAGAAAGGGGGGCGGGCCCUCACCUGUCUGAUCCAGGACGAUGAGCUGACUCUGGGGGAGAAGCUGGGAACGGGCUCCUUCGGCGUGGUGAAGAGAGGAGAGUGGCAGACCCCAACUGGGAGAGUGCUGCCGGUGGCAGUGAAGUCUCUGAAAAGUUGUCUUUCCAGACAGACAGACACCAUGACAGACUUUCUCCAGGAGGUGACCACCAUGCAGUCACUUGACCACCCCAACAUCAUCCGCCUCUACGGAGUGGUGCUCACACAGCCCCUCAAGAUGGUGACAGAGUUGGCCUGUCUGGGGUCCCUGUAUGACAUGCUGCGCUCUCGCCAGCACGAGUACCCCCUGGCACGCCUCUGGCUCUUCGCCACCCAGAUAGCAGCGGGUAUGGAGUACCUGGAGGGUCGCAGGUUCAUCCAUAGGGACCUGGCUGCCCGGAACGUUCUGCUGGCCUCCAGGGAGAUGGUGAAGAUUGGGGACUUUGGUCUGAUGAGGGGCCUGAGCCAGGAGACAGACCACUACGUGAUGACGGCCCACAGACAUAUCCCCUUUGCCUGGUGUGCCCCAGAGAGUCUGCGUGUGGGCUCUUUCACCCACUCCUCUGACGUGUGGAUGUUUGGGGUCAUUCUCUGGGAGAUGUUCACCUACUGUGAGGAGCCUUGGCGGGGGCUAUCUGGCAGACAGAUCCUCUGGCGUGUGGAGCUGGAGGGACAGCGUAUGGAGAGACCCCCUGACUGUCCUCAGGAACUCUACUCUGUGAUGAGAAAGUGUUGGGCCUGCACCCCCUCCAACCGACCCACCUUCUCCCAGCUCACCACCCUGGUUGCAGAGGCUCAGCCUUUGGAGGUGUGUGCUGUACGGGACUUUGUGGAACCUGGAAAACUCGCCCUCCUGUCCAACGACCUCGUGACCAUCAUAGACCAUAGUCUGGAGCUGUGUGAGUGGAAGGGCCAGAACCAAAGGACCUUGAUAGUGGGCUGGUUCCCCCCGAGCCUGGCUGCUCCCUCCCUCUCCGCCCCCAGCAGCGCCCCUGCUCUUCUCACCACAGCCCCCGUCGCUGCAUCGAGCCUCAUCCCGGCCCCCCUGAAGGGCAGUCUACAGCACACGGGGCAGAGUGAGACCCACCCCAACCGUAACUGGGGCACGCCAGAAUGCCUCAACGAGAGAGUAAACUGGAGAAGAAGCCCAGCAAAUAGAGAGAGAGAGGGCGGCUCCAAUUUACAGAAAAUGUCAGGUAUGACCAGGAGUCUGGAGUCUGUCCUGAGUGAUCCCCAGAGCAGGACCUUAGGAGGGGUCAAGGUGGACCCCCGUCGUGGACCCCUCCCCAACGUCAUGGUUGCCCGCAGCGUUGUGGUGCAGCAGGAUCCCCAUCGGUUCAGCGAGGCCAGCAUCAACCCCCCACCUCGACCUCUCCCGCCCAACCUCAAACGCGUCAAGAUUCCCAAGGUGGCCUUGUUCCGAGAUCGGAGGCCUGUAAAUCCAUCCGCAGGUUCCUUGUGGCCUCCACAACCGCAAAAGAAUCCUCAGCAGCAGAUGCUACAGCCACCCCAGCCCCAGCUGCAGCAGACCAUGGGGGGCAGCGACCUGGGCAAAAUAGCCCACAUGGCAUGGUCCAAACCAGCACUGGAUGACUAUGGAGACAAGGAGAGGAAUCAAGAAAAGGAGUGGGUGGUGAGGGAACGAGAGAGGGAGAGGUACCCGUCUCAAGUACAACACACCAGGGAAGCCUUCAUAGCACAGGUCAUGGAAGCAGUGCAUGGAGUGACCAAUGAGGAGGUUCGGAACGCACUUCACUGCAAUGAAUGGAACCCUAUAAGGGCCCAGCAACAACUCAAGAUGGAGCAACUGCACUCUCUGAGCCUGUGUUCUCGUGACGACUGCCUAAGGAUCUUGUCACGCUAUCAGUGGGAUCUACAGCUGGCCAGCCGCUACCUGUUCAGAAUGGUACGGGAGGAGAGGACUGGAGGAGGAGGAGAAAGGGAGAGGAGGGACGGAGAGAGAGAGGCACCCCCUGCUGUCAUGGAGAGACGAGGAGUAUGAGAGGUGCGGGGAUGGAGGGAUACUGGAAGAUUUACGAAAUUGAAGAGUUACUGAGGAGCUAUUUGAGGAAUUUAAGAGAUGGGAUGGUUGAUUAAAGAUGAAUGGAACAUAUAUGAAGUGAACCAUAAAGACAUUACAGUCCUCCCAAAUACAAUUUGUAUCCCUUUUUACAAUUCUGUUUAGUCUUUUUUAAUGAUGUGACAGACAGCCACGUCCUCUCUGUUCUCAAAAGUAGUUGUGUAUCAUGAUGAAUUUGUAAAUAGAAUGCCUUACAAAAGUAUUCAGACCCCUUGGAUUUCUUCACAUUUUAUUGUGUUACAAAGUGGGAUUCAAAUGGAUUGAAUUGUUAUUUUUUUGUCAAAGAUUUACACAAAAUACUCUAAAAUUCUAACAUUUUAAAAACUAAAAUAUAGUAAUUGCAUUAAGUAUUCAGGUCCUUGACUCAAUACGUGUUAGAAACACCUUUUGGUAUCGCUUACAUCUGUGAGUCUUCUUGGAUAAGUCUAUAAGAGCUUCAUAUACCCGGAUUGUGCAAUAUUUGUCCAUUAUUAAUGUAAAAAUUAUUCAAGCUCUGUCAAGAUGUUGGUGAUCAUGGCUAGACAGCAUUGUUAAAAUAUUGCCAUUUAAGCAGAUUUAAGACAAAACUAACUUGGCCACUCAUGUACAUUCACUGUCUUCUUGGUAAGCAGCUCCGGUGUAGAUUUGGCCUUGUGUUUUAGGUUAUUAUCCUGCUGAAAAGUGAAUUCCUCUCAUAGUCUCUGGUGGAAAGCAGACUGAAGCAGGUUUUCGUCUAGGAUUUUGCCUGUGUUUAGCUCCAUCCCGUUUUUUUAAUCCUGAAAAAAAUCCCCAAUAUUUUCUAAAGGGAAGCAUACCCAUAACAUGAUGCAGCCACCACCAGCAACACAGCAGUUUCAUUCCUGUCCUGCAGCUCAGUUCAGGAUAACUAUUUUUUUAUGUCUGGGUGGUUUAAUACAUAAUCCACAGCAUAACAAUUCACUUGACCAUGAUUAAAGAGCUAUUCAAUGUCUGAUUUGUUAUUGUUGCCCACUUUCAUUAUCCUUCUUUGAUUCUUUCGAAAAGCUUUUUAGUUGAAUCUGUACUUGGAAUUCAAUACUUGACUUUACAGAUGUGUGUAUGGGGGGGCAGAGAAAAAGUUAGUAAUUAAACAAAUCCAUGUCAUUUAUGUGAUUUGUUAAGCCAAAUGUACUCCUGAACUAAUUUAGGCUUUCCUAAACAAAGAGGCUGAAUACGUAUGCAACAACUCUAUUUUAGUUAUGAAUAUUUGAUUUAUCAUGAAAAAAUAAAUUUUACUUCCUCAUUUAAGAGAAUUUUGUGUAGAUUGUUGACAAAUAAAUUACAAUUAAAUCCAUUUGAAUCCCACUUUACACCAAUAAAAUUAAGAAAUUCAAGGGGUCUGAACACUUUUGCAAGUCACUAUUGUAUUAGCAUUGAUUAUAUUUGUUGAAUAAAUUGUUGAUACAAAUUGUGCAUGGCGCUAGUGAUGUGUACAUGUGACUCAUGCCCCUCAAUUUACACCCAGUCAAGAGAGUUGGGAUGUUGUAAGAAUUAAAAGAUCUACAGAGUGAUGUAAUUUCCUUUCA